AUGACCGCCCGCGCCGCUGGGAGUCCUGGGAGUUCAGGCGAAGUAGUAUGCGAAGCACCUGGAACUUCGCCUGAAUAUUUUCGCUGCUAUUUUGGACCGUUCCGUGAUUGUUCGGUGCAGUACGCCAGUACGGGGACUCCAUCGGCGCCCUACUCCAUCGCCAGGAACCUCGACGCCCGACGGGCACCCAAGCAGUUGCUCGGCAUUCUUGGUGAACGACACGUCGAAUUCGAACUCUCCAUCGGUCUCGACAGCAUAUCAACGUGCAGUGAUAAGGGCCAAACACCCCAACAAGCACCGACCAUCUCUCCAACAACCGUCCCCAGUUACCGAACGGGACUCAACAGGCCUCUCCCGGGUUACCACAGGAAUUCCCCGUGUUAUCCCACAGAUAAGACUCCGGGUCUUCCAUUGUCUCCCCGUACUAUCUCAGGCAUAUUCCUUGCCCCCGCAGUCGACCUCUUGUCUUUAUCAACACUUUCGCCGCCAUCGGAUAUCGGAUUCUUAGCUCUCCAAGUGUUUGAAAAGCCGGUUCGCAACGCAGAAAUGGCUGGAUUGAUUCCUCUUAUGCUUGGGUCAAGCAAGCGGGCAAGUCUUGCGCCCACACAACAGCAACAACCACAGCCCCAACAACAACAACAACAACAACAUCGCCGACAUACUUCGGAACGAAAUUUCAGGACUCACAGAGAUUCCACAUUUGCUCUCGCAAAGCAAAACGCACCCAAGCGACAGUCACUCCCUGUACCCGCCCGUGCCUCUGCCUCUUCUUCUACACCCGCUCCUGCGUCUCCAGCUCUUCCAGCCACUCCUGCACUACCACAAAACCGCAGCGAAUGGAAGCGAGCAAUCGUCGAGAUCAAGAAACUACACAUCGGCAAGAGGUACAGGGCAUGCUCAGCGCGGUGUAUCGAAAUCCUAGACAACAUCAAGAACAAGGAAGACGUCCGCAUCGAACCGCUUUACUUGAUUUACCUCCACUUCUAUGCGGCUACCUGUAUGGAAAUCUGCGCCCGACCUCUACCUACGGCCUCCAUGUUCCGCACUACCCUCCUUCAGCAGGCUCGCACACACUUCGAACAGGCUGCCUCACUCAUCAGUGCUGCUGAGAACUCUGUUCUCAAGCAAGCAUGGCGCGGUUCUGGCACCUUCUCGUCUUCUGGAUCUAGCUGCCACUCUCCUACCAGCUCUAUCAGCUCAUCCAUCGAUUCACGGGCAUGGACCCCAGAAACCCGCAUGUCAUCACCGACGAGUUCCGUUUUCUCCCAAGAGGAUCUGGCAAACAACACAACAGAGUCGGCCAACCCCACAAAGCGUGUCAAGAAGGUAUCAUUCUCAGUUCCCCAUGAGGAAUUCGACUUUGGCUUCUCCGAGCCAAUGGUUCGCCCUGAUUCGCCGACUUUGGGUAUGGACUUUGGCUUUUUUCCGGCUACAAAUACGCGUCAAGAAGUUCCCGAAGUACCAGCGUCAAAGUACCAGGAGGUCGAGCUUCCCCUCAAUAUCGAUACGGACAGCCAACAGUUCGAGAACUGCGAGGAAGAUGACGACACUCUCAACAUCACAAAAUCCAUCGAUCGUUUCCGCGAUCAGCUGCACGAGCUCCGCGAACAGCUUGAGAGACACUCGGCCAAUCUAGACCAGCAGCUCGAAACCAUGGCGACCGAGCCUCCCAAGUCGCCCAGGCGAGGAAGUGCAGGUGGUGUAGGGAAGGAGGAGCUCCGCGCUCUCGACAGGCAGGCUCGCAUUGAGCGGCUGCGCAAGGAUGGCUGGCAGCGGAAGCGAUUCGAUACCCAACGGUACGAGGAGCUCUGCGAAACCGUCUUGGCGGAGCUAAGCCCCGCCUAA